CCAGCCUCAGUGCCCAGGGUGCAGACCAAUGAGAGCCCCAGAGAGCAAGACGGUCAUUUCCUCCCUGCAUCUUCCCUCAGGGCUUUAAAAACCACAGCCCUGGGGCGGGAGGGACCUUCCAUCCUCGGGGAGCUCAGAAGACCAGAACAUGGACCCCUUCGUUCAUUCCACCCCUGAUUAUGAUUACUCGACUCUGGAUCCCGACAUCCCGGUGGAUAAGACAUCGUACAAGCUGCAGGUUCCAGACAUCCUGGCCUUGUGCGUCUACGCAGUCGUCUUCCCGGUGGGAGUGCUGGGGAAUGCCCUCGUGGUCUGGGUGACAGCAUCUGAGGUCAAGCGGACCAUCAAUGCCAUCUGGUUCCUCAACCUGGCGGUGGCCGACUUACUUUCCUGCCUGGCGCUGCCCAUCUUGUUCACGUCCAUCGUGCAGGGGAACCACUGGCCCUUCGGAGAGACCACCUGCCGCAUCCUGCCCUCCCUCAUCCUGCUCAACAUGUACGCCAGCAUCCUGCUCCUCGCCACCAUCAGCGCCGACCGCUUCCUGCUGGUGUUUAGCCCCAUCUGGUGCCAGAAAUUCCGAGGGGCCCACCUGGCCUGGGCGGCCUGCGCCGUGGCGUGGGGCUUAGCCCUGCUGCUGACCAUCCCCUCCUUCCUCUACCGUGCGGUCCAGGAGGAGUACUUUCCACCGAAGAUUGUGUGUGGCGUGGACUACGGCGAGGCCAGCAAACGGCGGGAGCGAGACGUGGCCAUCGUCCGGCUGGUCCUGGGCUUCCUGUGGCCGCUGCUCACACUCACGGUCUGUUACACCUUCCUCCUGCUCCGGACGUGGAGCCGCAGGGCCACGCGGUCCACCAAGACGCUCAAGGUGGUGGUGGCGGUGGUGGUCAGUUUCUUUAUCUUCUGGUUGCCCUACCAGGUGACGGGGAUGAUGAUGUCUUUGGUGAAGCCGUAUUCACCCACCUUCAAGCAGCUGAAGAAGCUGGACUCCCUGUGUAUCUCCUUUGCCUACAUCAACUGCUGCAUCAACCCCGUCAUCUACGUGCUGGCCGGCCAGGGCUUCCAGUCCCGGCUGCGGAAAUCCCUCCCCAGCCUCCUCCGGAACGUGCUGACUGAAGAGUCCAUGGUCAGGGAGAGCAAGUCAUUCACGCGCUCCACAGCGAACACUACGGCCGAGAAGAGCCAGGCGGUGUAGGCGACAGCCCUAUGGGCCGCUGUGGCUGGUGUCCCCUUCCUUCCUGGCCACUGUCCUUCCGCGUGUUUUCACUCCACUCUCUGUGGGAUGGCGUUCUCUUAGCUCUCUAACUCUCCGCCACGUGUCCUGCCUUUUCCAGGCUUGUCCCUCCUCUUCCAGCCAAAUUCUUCUCAUCCUUCCUCACUUGCGAGGUGAACGCUUCCUUCUAGAAAGCACUCCCCUCCCCCGCCAUCUUUCCAUCCCAGGCUUUU